CCAGAAAACGGUUGAUCCUUUCAACACUGCCCAGGCAAAGUUCGUCCGCGGACUCGUAUUCCUUAUAAAUACCCCACAAACCAUCAUUUAAUCACCGUGAAUUUCACGUCCCCUUAUACACCAACUCAACGUCAGUCCAUCUUGAUGCCAGUCCCGCAAUGGACAAUCACAGACUUCACUUAUCGGGAGUCGUGGUGGAAGAAUCGUGGUACGAGCUUCGUUAAGCGCAUACAAAUUAAUAAUGUCCUUGACUACCCAGCCAUCCUGAUACUAAACAUCUGUUUGAUAUUACCCCUCUUAUCAUCGACCCUUAAUGGCUUUGACUCAUCCAUGAUGAAUAAUUUGCAAAUCUUGCCCGGUUGGCAAGAGUACUUCCAUAAACCGCACGGCAUGAAGUUAGGACUCAUCAACUCCGCACACAGUAUCGGCAUCCUCAGCGGAACUCCAUUUUCUCCUUACGUGUCCGACCUAUUAGGACGGCGAGCAGCUAUGUUUAUCGGGGCAGCCAUCAUGCUAGCUGGCGUUCUUACCCAAGCCUCAUGUACGACCAUCCAAGUCUUCCUUGGCGCCCGUGUGCUUAUCGGCUUAGGAAUGGCUUUUUCCAUUAAUGCUGCUCCCUUACUCAUCAGCGAACUUAGCUAUCCAACGCAUCGCGGAAAAUUAACCUCUCUCUACAAUUCGUUGUGGUACUCUGGCAGCGUUAUUUCGGCUUGGAUCUGCCUAGGAAGUUAUGAUGAAUCGGGGACGUCAGCGUGGUCAUGGAGGGUCCCUUCAUUCGUUCAAGCAGCUAUUCCUAUCAUUCAGAUGUCGCUAAUAUGGCUUAUCCCAGAGAGUCCUCGGUUUUUAAUGGCCAAAGGCUUGGUGAGCAUUCACGAGGAUACCUUCCGCCAAUUAGAUCAUACAACGUUCAUCGUUUAUUUUCAGGAAUCGCAAGCUGCACGUGUCCUCGCUCAGUGCCAUGCAAAUGGGGGAGACGAACGCAACCCUCUAGUAGCUUUCGAGCUGGCUCAAAUCCGACAUGCUUUGAACCUCGAACGAGAGUACGCCUCCGGCAAAUCCUACCUGAGAUGCUUCUCGACACCCGGCAACAGACAGCGCAUGUUUACCAUCAUAUGGAUCGCAGUAUUCUCGCAGUGGAGCGGUAAUGGUCUGGUGUCGUAUUACUUCAACACAGUCUUGGAUAAAGUCGGGAUCACCCAGACUAGAACGAAAGCAGCCAUUAACGGCGGUUUACAGAUCUUCAAUUUAGCUAGUGCGCUGGUGGGCGUAAUGAUAGUGGACAAAGUAGGGAGAAGGAAGACUUUCUUGAUUUCAAACAUUGGCAUGCUGACGGCUUUCGCUAUGUGGACGGUCACGACCGCUCUUUUCUGCGAGUCCGGAGAUGUGGCAGCUGCGAGAGCUACUGUACCGCUCAUUUUCAUAUACUUUUUCUUCUACGACUUGGCGUACACUUCGAUGCUGGUGUUGUAUACGCUCGAGAUCCUGCCUUAUAACAUCCGUGCCAAAGGGUUUGCAAUCAUGAACAUCGUUCUCUAUUCGACCAAUGCUUUCAACUCGCUCGUCAAUCCAGUGGCACUGGAAACCAUAGGAUGGAAAUAUUACCUCUUUUACUGCGGAUGGCUUAUCUUGGAACUCCUAUUCGCGAUGGUGUAUAUCAUCGACACGAGAGCUCGCACUCUUGAAGAAACCGCCGCUUUGUUCGACGGCGUCAAAGUCCGUCGGGGUAUCAUGGAGCGGACAGGUGAAACUGCCAUGAAUCUGCCUCCAUACCCCAGACUUCAGGACAGUCCCGAAGCAGGGCAGACCUGGAGGAGUUCUGCUUCGCCAUCGCAUUUCGAAGCUCAAACCGGAGAAUCUGUUGUUGGGUUUGCCAGAUAAAUUUAUGAUUACAGUGUCACGAUUAUUGUAUGUAGUAAGCGCGCUCAAAUGCUGCAGAGUUGUGUGUAUUUUUG